AUCCAAAAAAGAGCUUCCCGGCGACAACUACUCCGUCGUAAAUCUCGUCUUGCCCACGGUUGUUCAGCGGCGGUGUACGGUGGUUGUGGAUGGCAAGAACCAAUAAGUACACCGCUCUCAACUUCAACGACAUCUUUGAAAAAGAGGCCACCUCCACCGCCAACAAGCAUCGCCGGUAUUCUUCUUUUUCAUCAUCAUCAUCAACUUCUUUAACAACUCCUCCGGGAAACAAAACCAUUCUCUCAAAUUCACGCAUCCAUGGAAACAUGCUUGUCUUGAACCUCCCUUCUCCCAAACCGGUCACUCCCCCUUCGCAACCCUCCCCUCCCCUUUCUCCGGCUGCGACUCAGCCUCCUACCGAGAAGGAUACCAUUUCCCUCCGGCCUCUCGGGCGAACUGGGUCCGGUCCACCAUUGUCUCCUUUGGCUUCUUCUCCUAGUGGACAGAAUAAGAACUUGCCGAUAUCGCCGAAGACGAAUAAGUUCGUGCCACCUCAUCUCCGGCCGGGUUUUCUCGGGAGGGAAGAGAAGCCUGGAGUGGAUCAGCGGUCGAAUCUUCGUCAAGGUCCGAAUUAUGAUGGGGAAGAAGGGAGACCUAAAACAGGUGGUGGGUACGAGAGAAUGGAUACUGUAGGAAUCAAUCGGUCCAGGUCUAUCGGGUCAAACAGACCCAAUUCGAGUGGAUUACAAUGAUGACAUUUGGAAGGCGAUACGAAUUCUUAGCUUAAGGAAGAAGGGAAGUUGUAAAUCUGUCAACAGUUGCAGGUGCAGGCUCAGGUGCAGAUGAUGAAUGAAAUUUGACAAAGAAGCUCCAAUUUGUUGAAAGUAAACCUCCAGUUCAUGGAGCUUCCUUCAAUUCACCACCAAUAUAUCAUCUUUCAGAUACAACAAUCAAUCAAUAAUUCACUGUUUAAACACUUUGUAAUAAUAAACGCACUCACUUUUAUGGAUAUGUAUAUAUAUAUAUAUCCUACAAAUAUAUGUCAUCUUCAUUAAACCUAUGGCUCAUUUCAUUUGUAUCCAAUUUCAAGUUAUAUGGUACAAGUAUUUAAUGCA